AUGAGGUUGCUGCGCUCCUGUUCUGCUGAGGCCCUGGUGUCCCAGCCCCAGGUGGCCCGGCAGAGGCUGGACGCUGUGGCCCACAACGUCUAGCUGUUCCUGUUCAAAGCCAGCUACUUUCUGGAGCAGGCAGAGUUGAUCCACGUUCUGCUGGGGCACUGGCUGCUGGAGGAGUUCAGGCUGAGCGCCCUGCUGGGGCCCAGCGCAGAGCAUCCAGUGGGCCUGCCGGACUGGGCCUGCUAGGCCUGCCUGGAGGCCUCUGUGCAGGGCCUCUCAGACGACAUACUCCAGGCCAAAGGCUGGAGGCGGCUGCGAAUGGCUGACCUCACAGGAGUCCAAGACGUGCAGGUGCAGCAGUGCCCCUGUGGGAGGGCGCUGGGCAGGUGGGGCUGCACGGAGCUGCUGUGCAGGACCUGCUGCCAGCUGCAGACCGAGCCCUGCACAGCCCAGAGGCCCAUCCAGGUCCUCUCUGAUCACUUUGUCACCGAUGGCAACUUCAAGAUGGUGGUGCAGGGCCUGAGGCCGAUAGGCCCCACUCCCCUGCAGCUGCACUGCCUCUCCUUCAGGGCAGACAGCCUGGACCCUGGCCAGCUGCUACACGUGCUGCGUCCGGCGGGGCCCCAGGAGCUGCACAGGCUGGAAGUGGUACACAAUGUGCGGCUGCAUGCAGGCCACGUGCAGCAGCUGCUGACCCAGGUGGGCUUCCCCUGGCUGGCCUCACUCACCUUGCCUGCCAAGGCCUUCGACCCUCCCCCUGGCAGCCCCCCAGCCCCUGAUGGUGAGGACCCCUUCUUCACCUCCAUCUCCUGGGAGCUCAGCCAAAUGAGCCAGCUCACUGAGCUGAGUGUGGCCUUCUCCACACUGACUGGGAAGACCCAGAAACUGCUUGGAAACCUAGGGACCCCGCUGAGAGUGCUGGACCUGGCCAACUGCUCCCUGAACCACGCGGACAUGGCCUUCCUGGCAGCCUGCACCCAUGCCACCCACCUGGAGGUGCUGGACCUCAGUGGGCACAGCCUUGUUGACCUGUUCCCCUCCACCUUCUCCAGGCUGCUGGGCUGGGCCGCCCCGACACUGAUGGUCCUCACCAUGGAGGAGUGCAGCAUCCGAGACAAUCAUGUGGGCAUGCUGGGGAUGGCACUGAGCCCCUGCCGCCAGCUCCGUGAGCUCCGGUUCCUGGGGAACCCGCUGUCGGCCAUUGCCCUGAGGCGCCUCUUUGCCGCUCUCUGUGAGCUCCCAGAGCUGCGGUGCAUAGAAUUCCCAGUACCCAAGGACUGCUACCCCGAGGGUACCGCCUACCCCCAGGAUGAGCUGGCCAUGUCCAAAUUCGACCAGCAAAAAUAUGAUGAGAUUGCCAGGGACCUGCACGCACUGCUGCUGCGGGCUGGCAGGGAUGACAUCCGGGCCUGCACCCCAGUCUUUGGAAGCUUUGACCCAGACAUUCAAGAAACGAGCAAUGAACUUGGAAUGUUCUUGCUGCAAGCUUUCAAAACUGCUCUGGAGAACUUCUCCAGAGCACUGGAGCAGAUGGAGUAGGGCCUUGCACAGGCCAGGGCGAGUCUCACACCUCAGCUGCCAGGUGGCCUGGGCUGCACAUCUGCUCCAAAGCAUUUCUUAAUGAACACUGCACACAGCAUCCAUUAGGUGCCGUCGCAGAGGAAGCCCUGGCUUCCAGGAGUCACCCAAGACCACUUUAGCGUGAGGGCAACUUGCAGCCGAGCCCUAGAGUGGGAAUGCUGAGGGGUCAGCAGGAGCACCCCACACAGAGGUAGGCAUCAGAGAAGCACUGAGAACCAAAUGUCAGCAUGGGGUGGGCGCUCGGAGGAUGGCCCGUGCGAGGCUAGCAGGAGGCAGGAGGAUCAGUGCUGGCCCACCACAGGACUUGGCUGGGCUGAGCAGAGGGAGGAGCAGGGAAUGACCAGAUUGCGUGCCUGGCAGCCUCUCCAGUGGGUGUGGGAGGCAGUGACAUGUUUGCACACUUAAAACCUCCAGUCCAGCACAGGACAAGGGAUUUGGUUGUUAAUGGCUCCUGUCUGACCUAGGAGGGCGUGAGCAGCAGGCUUGGGCUUUGCUGGCACAAGGCUGAGCCUCAGGGCACAGGGUGGCUUCUGUCCCUGGAGGGAAGACAGUAACUGUGAGGACACUGCCCCCCAUCUCCCACCUCCAACAGGACCCAGACCCUCUGCUCAGGCCCAGAGGAGUCUCCUGCAUGGUUAUUUGAGUCCUAGCACUUGAAGGGUGGUUAAUUUCAAUAUUGGGACUUGGUUUCUACCAAGAUCUGACUUGUGAAGGGUUGAGCAUUAUGAUGAUUACAUACUAAUAAAACAGGUGGUGGCUUAUUCA